GACAGCGGCGGAGGCUAGGGUGCGGGAGGCAGAUCCUCAGCUAGCAAGCAGUGUGUAACGCUGUGCGCUUCAUCCUCCCCGGCUGCUGACUCCCCUCCUCUCCAGCCGCUUAUGGUUUCUUCUCCUCGGACUUCUUUAGGGUGAGAGCACUUAGUGGGGAGGGGAUACUUCCCUUCAGAUGUCUGCAAAGUUACUUGUGCGGACCCGGACCGGCCUGUCCAGAGCGGGAGCUGCGCGGCUGUAGUGAGGCUCAGGCUGUGGUGUGCCCCAAUGAUAGGAUUACUGAAUUUGCAGUCCUGGGGUCCUUUCUAGGUCCCCAGGGCCGACUGCAGAGGACUUAUCCAGCUUCUGAUCAGAUCACUGGGACCGAAUCAGAGGGAGAAAUACCAUUUGAUCGUGCUCUGGUUACAGACUGCAGCAAACAAGGGGUUAACAGGUAACCAGCUAUAAGCUGCUCGAUGCAGGAAGAUGCUGACUACAGAGAGAGGAGUUGUGGAUGAAUGGUUGUCAGAGUUUAAGACUCUGCCUGAGGCAUCUAUUACAAGUUAUGCUGCAAGUCUGAAGGAGAAGACAGCUUUGGUUUCUGCACUUUAUGAAGUCAUUAAAGAACCUCAGAGUGAGCUACUAGAACCUGUCUGCCACCAGCUCUUUGAGUUCUAUCGAAGUAAGGAGAAAAACCUGAGGACAUUUACGCUUCAGUUCCUUCCAGAACUAAUAUGGUGUUACCUGUCCUUGUCUACCAGCCGGGACCUGCAAAGCAGUGGGUGCAUCGAGGCUCUGCUCCUGAGCGUCUACAAUUUGGAAAUUAUGGAUGAACAAGGGCACAGCAGGGUCUUAUCUUUCACAAUCCCAUCUUUGUCGAAGCCCUCCGUAUUCCAUGAGCCCUCCACUAUAGGGUCCAUGGCACUCACUGAAGGAGCAUUAUCCCAGCACGGGCUCACCAGAGUGGUGUACAGUGGGCCUCAUCCACAAAGGGAGAUGUUAACUGCUCAGAACAGAUUUGAAGUGCUGUCGUUCCUCUUGUUAUGCUAUAAUUCUGCCUUAAACUUCAUGCCAGCACCUUCCCUCCGAUCUCUGUGUCAUAUGUCCUCAAGGCUUUGUGUAUGUGGAUAUCCUCGGCAACAUGCAAGAAAAUACCCAGGUCUCAAGAACAGAAUCCCGGUGUCCUCUGAGUUUAUGGUGCAGCUCCUGACUGGCAUUUACUACUCAUUCUACAAUGGAGAGUGGGACGCAGCACGUAGAGCACUGGAUGAUGUUCUAUACAGGGCACAGCUGGAACUAUUCCCAGAGCCAAUACUGGUUGCCAAUGCAAUAAAGGCGUCAUUACCACAAGGAGCUAUUAAGGGAGCUAAGGAAGGCAUUAAGUGUAUCCAAGUUGAAAUUGCCCCUACGUCAUCUAGGAUAUCUAGGAAUGCCGUGACCAGUUUGUCGAUACGAGGUCAUCGAUGGAAGAGGAAUGACUCUGCAGAUUUAACAGUACAAGAUGAGCUGAGCGAAAUCGCUGAGGUGGAUGAAGGUUUUUGUUCGAGGGCUGCCUCCAGCUCCAGCCAGUCUGCCCUGUCUCACAGCAGUAGUGGCAGUUUCAGCAGACCAGCCUUGGUGAAGGCCCAGAGAAGAUCUCUUGGAUCCCGGGCUGGGGUUAAAGAAAGGGAUUCUGGGGGAGACUCUUGCCGCGAACAUCUUAGCAGGAAGCAGAACCAGCGAGCCAUGAGUGAAAACCUGGAGCUAGUGUCUCUGAAGAGACUGACCCUAACAACUAGUCAGUCCCUCCCCAAACCUGGGAGCCACAGUCUGGCCCGAACUGCAACAUCUGUGUUCAGUAAAUCCUUUGAGCAAAUGAGUGGGGCGGCUUCUUUACAUAAUGCCAUGGGUGUGAGCAAUGUUGGCACAGGCUCUUGUGUGGAAACCAAUCGGUUUAGCGCAUGUAGCCUACAGGAGGAGAACCUGGUCUACAUUUCUGAGAGGACUGAGCUUGCAGUGCCUGGUAAACCCCAACCAAAUCUCCAUCAGAGGUCCCCAAGUAUCUGCAUUACCAUGUCUACCGACUAGACCUGAAAGCCAUGUCGGGUGGAAUAUGAAUGGGGAUUCCUGAUUUUUGUUGUCCCUACGUUUUCUAAACUGAAUGGUGAAUCUUUGAUAUUUCAUUGACUUGUAUACUAUAACUUGCCAAAGUUUUUACAUGCUACCUAGCAGAGCGUUCAGCAGUUUCUAUACAAUGGAUGAGUAUCUAGCCAUAGAUUUUUAAUAUUGUACUAUUUACUUGAAAGUGUACCUUUUUAACAGCCUGCCACUUUGGUGGCCAUUUUGGGGAUGACCCAGAAAAUGCAGUUGUUUAGCUUGCUAGGGGCUGUCUACACAGCACUUGAGGAAUUAGUGACUAUGGAAGUGAAGAAAUGGCGUCCUCUACAGUAUACAGUUGAUAUAGCACUUUACUGUGGAUUUUAUUGCCCUUAAGUGGCCUACACUGAAGUACAUACCACAAAAACUACCUGAUUAUGCCCGCAGGUGGCAGUAUAAUGUACCAUGUGCUAGUAUUUUCAGGGCCGUUGCCCAUAAAACUUUGUAACUUUUAAGUUUUUUGAGACUAUAGUUGUGUUCCAAAAAGUCACUUUACAGUUCCGUCAGGCUUUUUUUUUUUAAACUAUUUUAAUGUUUUGGAAAGUCCUGAAUAUUUUAUUAUCAAACCUUUUUUUUUUAUUAUUAUCUGUUGGGGGGGAAAAAAACACUCCUCCAAGGCACAAUGUUAAUUUAAUUUACAGAUGCAGCUUGGUGCUUGGAGAUAAACGUAAGGAAAUAAGGGAAGGUUACCCCAUAGUCUGUAUUCCUCAGACUUAUUUGGCAGAUCACAAAGCACAUCCUAAAUAUGAAAUGGCACAAAUAUUUCAGUCACUCACUGCCAACCUGACACAAAGGUGUUAUAAUGGAAGCUGGCAUAUAUUUACUUGGUUGUAGGAGAAGGUAUGAUGAUGAAUAGUUUUCAUGUACGUGUUCAGAAUUGAUGUGAAUAUUGCAAUAUUAUAUAUAUAGGUGGAUAUAAAGCAAGUGACCAGAACAUAUAGCGGAUAUAUAAUGAUUUGGCUUUUCCAUCAUUUCAAAUGUUGUGUGGGUUUUGUUUGUCCACAGUUGCUGUAAUAAACUACACAACACAUUUUUUGGGGGGGAGCUCUCUAUAUGACUGAGAUAAGUGAAUAUGCCUUUGUAACUUCUGAAAAGUGCAAGGAAAAACCGUAUUUUCACACCAACAUUUCUAUCACCAUAGUCAUUAGAUAAAAUAAAUGAGAUUACCUCCACUUAUCAGCUGUUUUAGACUGGCACUGUGCCGGGGACUAUACAGUGAAUGGAGCUGGAGGCAGACUGCUUCCUAAACUAUGUAGUGACCAUGCCAGGGUACUGACGCUCAGCUCCCAUUCACUAGUUUCAGUACUCCAGCACUGGAAACUACAUAGUGUAAGGAACCUUCUGGUUCUGGGUGUCGGAACCCCAUCAAUCUGAUAUCAAUAUCUGUAGCCCAGAGAAAUCUAGUGACUAUGAUGAUGGAAAAGUCGUCAAUAUCGGUAGCCUAGAGAACCCCUUUCAUAUGAAACAUAACACAAUGCAAGCAAAAACCGUGAAGUUGUAACAUUAGAAGCCUACCAAAAACAUUUCCUUGCCACUGGAUAUUCCUUAAAUGUCUUUGGGUCUCACUGUGCUGUUUUCAUAUCUCCCUCAGACUUUAAUGGACAGUGGUCAAAAAAAAUUCUGCCAGGGACAGGAGAGGGCAUUUCCAUUCUUGGGUACAGUGGGGGUCCCAGUGGUCAGACUUCUAGUGACUUAAACUCUUAUGUGCAGUUGGGUUUUCAGUGGUAUGACGUUCUAGAAUGGUUAGAUAUAGGGAACUAAUCAUUCAAAUAUUUUUUUUUCUAAUGUAGGGCUCAGUGUUCCUACUGUAUCCCUUCUCCAGGAAACGAGAGAUGCUGCAUUGACUUUAUAGAAAUGGAAGUGAAAUUAAGGCAAUCUGAAAUUAGGAGGAGACUGUAUAUCGGAAAGAAUUUAUGUAGCUAAACGUUUUGAUGAGGACAUUAAAAAAAAUUCUAAAUAAUGUACCUAGAGCAUCAGCUCAAAUCAUUGAGUGCAUGAAAUGUCCAUAUGCUAACACCUCAUACUUCUACAAUCCAUUGACUACUUGCUGUUAUUGGACUAUUAAUCAUCUUCAUAAUAUUCUUGCAUCACAAAAGCACAAUCUUCUCCAGGUGUUCAUUUAUUUGAUAGGAAACCUUUAAAAGAUGGUUGAUCUUGUUGAAUUACAAAUCUGGUGUUUCGGUAAAGGUUAUGGACACCAUGUUAGUCUUUUUUUUUUAGUUAAAUUAAUUAAUUUUAUCAUUGAUUUACAUGUAUUUUGGGCCAAAAAAAGUUAUACGUCUUUUGCUUUGGGGAUAAAUCGGCUUAGAAGAUAAAGUCAGAAAGGGGCUGGAGAGCGAGCCUUCAGACAACUUUCUGUAGCUGAUUUAGUAGUAUAAAACCUGAAAGCUACAGAAGUAAAUUGAGGCAAAAAUUUUAAUACAAAUCUGUUUAAGAAAAAUAACAUUUAGCCCAAAAUGCAUAUAAAUCAAUAAUAAAAAAAAUGGCUGUAAAGGUGCUCAUAUCCUUUAUGAAGAGUAAUUCUUAUCUAAUGUCUAGUUAAAAACAUGAAAGAACAGGUACAGAUUUGCUUUUAGGCCUCAUGCACACGACCGUAUCCGUAUUUUGUGGUCUGCAAAACACAGAUUCCUGCCAUGUUCAUGCCACCAAAUUAGUUUUUUUUUUUUACUUCUGUAGAAAUAUCUUUUUUUCUUUUUACUACUGUAAAAAUGUCCUAUCCUUGUCCACAAAACGGACAAGACUAGAACACGUUCUAUCUUUUUGAAAGAGCCUUGGAACAGACAUAUGGAUGCGGACAGCACACGGUGCUGUCUACAUUCUUUCUGGCCUCAUUGAAAUGAAUAGGUCCUAUGCGGACUGAACUACAGACGUGUGCAUAAGACCUUAAAGGGGUUGUCCAAGAUCAGAGACACAGGUUUGCUUUCUUCCAGACACAACCUGUGAACAAAGAACUCCUACUUUUCUACCCAUUAUACUUUGCUGGUCCACUCAUAGGCUUAUACUCUGGACAUCUUGCACUGGUCAUUAAUAUAAGCACAAGUUGCUUGAUGCUGGGAUCUACAGUCGCAGGUCAUGCCAUGGUCUACAUGCACCGCACUAUUAUAUUUCAUAGGAUAUUUAUAACACAGCUACAAUUAUAGAAAAGCAGAUAAGACUGGACCGGAUUAUCAAUGGCCUUGUUUUUAAUUCAGUUUAUAUGUUGUGUUGUCAUUUAAUGUUUUAUUAUUUUGGUGUUCAUGUAGUUUUGUAAUAAACUUUGGAUGUGCCAUACAGUGUAGUUGCGGAUAAAGUUUGCAAUGUCAUCACUUUUUGACUUAUAGCCAUGUUUUAAUGUAAAUUAAGCUUUGUCUUCUAUCAGGGUUGUUUUUGCUUUGUUAUAUGAUAGGAUUAGUGGUGUUUACUUUUCCUCAUUUUUUUCACAGCCUUGUAACGUAUUUAGUAUUGCACAUUUGUUUGUAUGUUAAAAUAAAUACUUGUAAAAUUUG